CCUUCAUUUUUCGUAUCUUAUCCAAAGAAACAUGUUGUUAAACAUACGUAUAUUAUUAUUGUUGUUAUUAAUACUUUCGCUUUUAUCAAUAUUUUCUGUUGCUAAAAAGACUAUUACGGAUUUACUUUAUGAAGAUAAAAGAUUUAGUAAUUUAGUUAGAGCUUUACAACGUACUAGAAUUCUUCACGAAAUUAAUCGUUAUGAAUCUGCAACUUUAUUCGCACCUGUAAAUGAAGCUUUCGAGGACGACCCUCUUAUGACCAGAGAACGUAUGUUAUAUCAUUUUCUUAUUGAAGAAAUUAAAGGAGAAGAACUUAGGAAGAAUGGUCUGCUGUUAAAUACUCGUUUGAAUAUGGGAGAAAAACUUAAUACACUUGGACAAAAAGUUAAAGUUGAAGUUGAAAGUGAUUCCAAUAUUGUCUAUGUUGGUAAUGGAAAAAUUACAGAAUUUGAUAAAAAAGCAGAUAACGGAAUUAUUCAUGUAAUCAAUGGAGUGUUGGAUACUCCUGUGGACUUAUAUACAACUUUGACUUCUAUGGAUCAACUUACAGUUUUUUCUGAUUAUCUUCGUAUGAGAAAAUUAGAUGAUUAUUUAUCAAAUGAAAAUCAUAUUACUAUAUUUGCUCCAACUAAUGAUGUCAUAAAAAAUCAAUUAAAGUAUCAUGAAAGAGAGUAUUUAAUGGGAGAAUGUGGUGGAGGUUUAGAUGACUUGGAUUUGUGGACUAAAUAUCACUUACAUAAUGAUAGAGUUUUAUACUCCGAUUCAUUUGAAAAUGGGAAUACAAAUGUACCUACGGUACAAGGGGAACCGAUAAAGGUUGAAAAAGACGAACAAGGUAACAUGCGUGUUGCUGGUGGAAAUGUAACUUUUAAAGAUUUGUUGGCUGAAAAUGGUGUCAUUCACGUUAUUACUAAUGUUGCAAUACCAAAAGCUCUUCAUUUCACAACACACAAGUACCUUUGUGGUUUGAAAGCUACAAAAUUUGUAGCUUCAAUUAUAAAACAUGGAUUACAACAUUAUAUAGAAGGUUCAAAUGCAUCAUAUACAAUAUUAGCGCCAAGAGAUGAUUCUUUAGAUGAAAGUUUAACAUUGAGAUAUCAUAUUUUAGAAGGGAAAUAUUUGCCUUCAGAUUUAAAAGAUGAAAUGCUUGUUAAGUCUGAACUUAAAACUGAAGAAUUAAGAAAUCAUAGACAAAGAGCUAUUGUAAAUUUAGUUCAAAAAUGGGAUAAUAAUGAUAAUGAAAGUAUUCAGAGAACUGAAAUUCAAUUCAAUGGGAUUGGUGUAGUUGGUGAACCUGUUGAAAUCGGAAAUGAUAUUAUUUAUAUAUUAUCAAAUACAAUGACACCACCACAACCUAUUAUAAAAAUUCUCAGUAAUGAUAAACAAUUGGCUUCAAUGGGCACUUAUAUUAUUAUUAAUAAUAUUGUACAGAAGGUUAGAUCAGCUAAAGGUAUUACAAUGAUCGCACCGUCUUCGGAAGCGUUUUCACAAUUAGGAUUAAUUAAUGCAUAUUUCUUACUUCAUGAAGCAAAAGUUGAUUUAAAUUCCGUAUUAUUGCAUCAUAUAAUUAAUGAAACAAUAUAUAGUGAAGAUAUAACAGAUGAAAAAACAUAUUAUACAAUGGGUGGCGAUCCAGUUAAAGUUUAUAAGAAAGACAAUGAUAUAUUUGUUAGUAAUGCAAAUUAUACAUCAAAAGUUAGUAGAAAAGAUGUAUUAACUUCAACAGGAGUAUUACAUGUACUUGACAAAGUUAUAUUUCCACCAACGUUACAUAUAACAUUGGGUAAACUACUCAAAGGAAUUAAUGCUCAAACAUUUUUAGAAAUUGUUAAAGCGGCCAACUUAACUGACUUAGUACAAGAUCCGUUAGAACCAUAUACAAUAUUAGCACCAACAGAAGGUGCAUUUGAAAAAAUUAAUGUGACUAAGUUAUUAGCAGAUCCUGAGUUAGCAAGUAGAUGGGCAAGAUUGCAUAUAAUACCAAAAAAAUUGGAUGAAUUGAAGAAUGGCGACGAAGUACCUACAUUAUUAUCAAAUGACGCUAUAUUAGUUAUUAAAAAAGAGUUAGGAGGAUCCUAUUAUAAUAUCGAAAUAAAAGGUUAUUGGAGUUUUAAAGAAAAAGCUAAAUUGUUAAGUAGCGGUAGAACUUGGAAUGGUGGUGCUGUUUAUGAAAUUGAUAAGGUAUUAUUACCCGAACAUGUUCAACAAAUUGGUAGAACGUUUUCAGAUAUCAUUAUUGGUUUUGUAUUAUUCGGUUUUCUUGCUAUGAGUGGUAUUUAUAGUUGGCACUUCUGGAAUAUUUGGAAAAGGGAAAAUCAAGGCUAUCGAGAAAUCGAAUCAUAAUUUUAUUACUAUUGAGAUGCAUAAAAAUGUAAAAAUUAUGAACACUACGUCUUGCGUUUGCAUCAAAUGUUAAUAGGUUAUUGACAUUGGAAUUUUUGACAUUGAAACGUUUCAUUUUGAUAUUUAAAUAAUCACGUAUUCAUCUACACUUUUUAUAUUAAAACAUUAAAUAAUAAUAAAUUUUAUAU